CGGCUGCGGGGGCUGACGCCUCGCCAGCGCCGUCUCUGCCGACGCCAGCCGGAGCUGGUCGCGCCCCUGCUGGAGGGCGUCCGCCUGGGCACGGCAGACUGCCAGCACCGGUUCCGACACGGCCGCUGGAACUGCCACGCGCUCGGCCAGCACCUCGACUUCGGUCACGUGCAGGUCAAAGGAACGCCCGAGGCUGCCGUCAUGUACGCGCUGCAGAGCGGCGCCGCCACGCACGCCGUGUACGCCGCGUGCCGGAGCGGCCGCCUGGUCGGCUGCGAGUGCCGGCCCCUGCCGCGCGACACGAGGUCGGCCGACGUCUGGAAGUGGGCCGGGUGCCGCGCCGGCCUGCUGUUCAGCGGGCGGCGCGCGCGUCGCUUCCUCAACGCGCGCGAGACGGAGCACGACGCGCGCAGUCUGAUGAAUCGCCACAACAACAGGGUCGGCGUCAAGGCGGUGACACGCGGCAGCCGACGCCGCUGCCGCUGCUACGGUCCCUCCGGCACGUGCUCCCUGCGCACCUGCUGGCUGGACGCGCCCACCGCCUUCCGCUCGCAGCUGGUGGAGCUGGCGCCGAGCGGACGCGCGCUGCAGCUGGUCGGCUCGAGCGCGGCACCCGACCGCUCGCAGCUGGUGCACCUCGUGCCGUCGCCCAGCUACUGCGAGCCCGACGCGGAGAGCGGCUACAACGGCACGGCCGGCCGCCAGUGCCGCAAGCAACGGGCGCUUCCAGGAAACUGCGAAUACCUUUGCUGCGGCAGGGGGUAUAACACGCGCAUCACGCAUCGACGGUAUUGCUGUAACUUCCACACCAGUGCGGCCGAGCCCACUACGUGCCAGCAGCGAACAACAGUCAGAACUUGUCAGUGACAGAAGUGGAGUGGUUCAUUUGUGCCGAGUGGGCGUUUGCCACUCAGCCAAGAGGUCAGUGAUUUUGUGGUAGUGACAAAAUAUAUGCCCGGCCACAAGAUCCGGGCAGAGCGAUGUACAGGAUCCGGGGUUUUCUACAUAACUAUUUGGACUCGUGCACGUCAGACGCGUUUUGAAAUGGUAAGCACCCGGAUCCGGGAUCCUUCGAUGAUAUUAUCUUCACUUGAGUCCCAGAGUAUCCUUUAGAAGGCUACUAGUCAGAGAUGGUGUUGAAGAUGAUGAUCUUGAAGCCGAACGCAGUACCGAUGUGACUGGCCGUCACUCAGUCAGCGCGGAUGCACCAAUGCUCAAUAGAUGGCGCGCAAAAGCGUGCUCUUCCGUGGCUCUUCGCGUGACCCGGUGAAUGGCAAUUUUGACUCUUCGUGUGGCCUAGUAUAUGUUAAUUUUGUCUCUUCGUCUUUUUGUUCCUUUGUUUUCUUACGAAAACAAAGUCAAGGAAGAUCCUGAUCUCACGUGCAGCUAAUCAUGUCACCCUGUGGAAAAUAGUAGUUCUAAACAAGGUUGUGAUCGGUCGUUUUACGAGUGUGACGUAGGUGAUUUGCUGUGCAGCAGCUGCUGGCUGUUUUCAAGCCUUGUUACGUGAUCACUGUUCUUCGUCUAUGUGAUUAAACUGUUCA